GGUGAACCAGCAGAGAAGUUGAAAAACACCGCACGUACAUGGAUUAACUAAAAUCCUAGAAAACGCUGUCCGCGAACCCCGAGGAUGAUGAAGGACCGUCCGUAAUGGGUCGUUGGAGAGCAGUGGGAGCGUUAGGGAGUCGUGUGUGUGCUGUGUGUGGCGGGAGGAUCCGUGUUUGUGUCAGUGGCUAGCUUGAGCCGGCUAGCUGCUGCGCAGACAGGUCUGAGUUUCCCUCAUAUAAAGCUGCUUUGUUCCUUUACACAAGAAAAACACUUGUGUUCACGUCUGAUUACAAGUGGGCAGCAUUCAGAGUGUGUUUGCACUCUGAGACAACUUAUACAAACUGAAAACAGAAAUAAUUGUUUUGAAUUAUACAGGAAACCUUUUGGAGAUCUGUUAGAUAUUGUUCGCUAGUUUCUCUACAAAAUGGGUAGAAUCAGGACUUUUGUAGCCUUAAGGGAUCAAAUGUACAUGGUUUGUAAAUAACAUUUCCCUGGUAUCCGGGAGGCUUCGCUACUUUUCCUUGUUGUGCUGACGGGGCUCACUGUCCUGUAUUUGAGUUACUGGAGGAUUCAUAGUUCAUUUUUACACACCGAGAUCUUCAGCUCAGCAGUGAAGGAUGAAUGGCCUCUCUCUCAGUGAGCUCUGCUGCCUGUUCUGCUGCCCGCCUUGCCCAAGCCGCAUUGCAGCCAAGCUCGCCUUCCUGCCCCCGGAGCCCACGUACACCUUUCUGCCAGACCCAGAGACGGGUCCUGCUGCACAAAGCACAACCGGGACAUCGAGCCUGCGGACGCGUAGCGGAGCGUCUGUUGCUGGAAGUGGAGGAGCCGGGGCUGUCGAGGGGAGAUGGAAACUUCACCUGACGGAGAGAGCAGAGUUUCAGUACUCUCAGAGAGAACUGGACACGAUAGAGGUGUUCGUCACUCGGUCCAGCAGGGGCAACAGAGUCGGCUGCAUGUACAUUCGCUGUGCACCUAAUGCCAGAUUUACAGUGCUUUUCUCACAUGGCAAUGCAGUUGAUCUCGGCCAGAUGAGUAGUUUCUACAUCGGCCUCGGCACUCGUAUCAACUGUAACAUCUUCUCCUACGACUACUCAGGCUAUGGCAUCAGCACUGGCAAACCCACCGAGAAGAACCUCUAUGCAGAUAUCGAUGCUGCCUGGCACGCCCUGCGUACGCGGUACGGCAUAAGUCCAGAGAAUAUCAUCCUUUAUGGACAGAGCAUUGGUACAGUUCCCACUGUGGAUCUGGCGUCGCGGUACGAGUGUGCUGCCGUGGUUCUUCACUCUCCUCUAACAUCUGGUAUGAGAGUGGCCUUUCCUGAAACAAAGAAAACCUACUGCUUUGAUGCUUUCCCCAACAUUGAAAAGGUGUCUAAGAUAACAUCUCCGGUGCUCAUCAUCCACGGGACAGAAGACGAGGUGAUCGACUUCUCUCACGGCCUGGCUCUGUUUGAGCGCUGCCCCAAGGCCGUGGAGCCUCUGUGGGUGGAGGGAGCCGGCCACAACGACAUUGAAUUGUACAGCCAGUAUCUGGAGCGCCUGCGUCGUUUCAUAGGACAAGAGUUGGCAGUACAGCAUGCCUGACCGGCACGGCUACCAUCAUCAUCACACCUGAUAUUAUUUUUGAUGGUUCACUUAUAGCCCCACCGCUGUUUUCUUAAUUUUUUUAUUUCUUUUUUUUUUUUUUGCAAAUGGAAUUUUCUCCAGGAGUCAUCCAAGCCGUCCCUCAGCCUACCACGGCUUCCAGUGAAACACGCUGUCGCGGACUGUGCUUUGUUUAAUCCACCGUGGAGCGAUGAGACGCAGAGGAAAGGAGAGUCAGCCUGAAAGACGUGCUCAGUUUUCUUCUUAUCAUACAUUUGCUACUGUGUAAAAAAAAAAAACAUAGUGGCUGUACUGUUUUCUGUACUGUGCAAUAACACGAAAAAUGUCCACAAGAGGGGGAAAAAAGCUUUUGUCGACAUUAGAAAACUAAGAGUUAAAAUAAAAACUGAUAUGAAACAUGAACGUCAUCUACGUCAGAGCAUGUCAUCCUAAUUAUAAAGUGUGUGUGAGUGCAUUUGUGUGUGCGUGUGUGUGUGUAAUUUUAGCACAUUGAUGACACCCGACAUGUACCAUUGUUUGAGAAAACUCUAAAAUAUUUAGUUUUUUCUGUUUAAAAUAGAUAAUUGGUUUUUACUUCAAGUUACCACUAAAUGUGCUUGAUUGUUGCCGCCUCUCUACAAUCAAGUGCUGUCUUUCUAAAAACUUUAUAACAAGUCCAAUUUCAACCAGAUUUGUUGAUUUAAUUCCAUAGUGAAGUAGCUUUGAUUGGUUGGUGUAGCAUUAAACUGUAUUGUUCUGAAGGGGAAGUGUAAUGUUGCUUCUCCCACGUGUGCUGUGGGGAUGCACGGGACUGGUGGCUCAUUUAAUUUCUUGGGAAAAGUGAAAAUGAUGCAUAUUUAGAAAUGAGUUUCUUUUAGUUUUUACUGUACUGAAGGUGUUGCUCAGGUAACCCUGUCUUCAACAUUGGGGUCAGCGUCUUUGUUUUAUGUGUUUUCAACUGUCUUCACAAAUCUUUUUACAUCUUACAAGUAAAUAUGUCCAAUAUAUGGUUAUGUAACUCUUCCUCUCGCUCUUUAUCCUCAAGUUUUGAUUAUGUGAUGCACCAAACUUUGAUCUUGAGACUAAGGUACAGGUCAGAGCACGAACCUGGUUAGCGGUUAGUCUCCUUAGCUUCUUCCCUGCAGCUCACAAAACUGCAUCCUAGUAACGGAGUGCGAUUGGCUGCAUCAAACUCAGACUGGAGCGCUUUCAUGUCGUUGAAUAUCUGAGAGUCUCUGAAACCCGCGUGUUUUGUUUUGUCUUGUUUAUGUUCACCCACCGGUAGGUCACAGCUGUCAACGAACUUCUCGUUUCUCCCAGUGUUUUGAACGGGGAAGGAUCACUAAAAUUGAUCAGGCUUUGCUCUGUCUACCUCCAGCCUGUAUCUGUUUCUCUGUUUAUAUAUUGAAAACUUUUUAACACUAAUGUUACUCAUUUACACUCCAUCAUGACUCUCAUUUAGGUCCGUCGUAAGCCGUUGAGGUGAAACUUUGGAUUUGUGUCUUUCGUGACUGGCUGCUAAAAUCAAACAUGACUGGGCUUAUUUUUCUGAUUGAUGUCAGGCAUCCUCACCUUUGUUCAAAUAAGCACAGGUCCAUGUUUUUGUAAGGUAACUCAUCAGCUGGUUUACAGCAUUAGGAAAGAGCAUUGUCAGCAUUAGCCACUGCCACUCUGUGCUGUAGUCUCGAGGAAAACGGGUUUUAUAAAUGUAGAACAUCUUUUAUGGCCCACUUCCUCACUGAUUUACUAUUUUCUUAAAAGGCUGUGCUUAAUAUUCAUCUGUUUUCCAGAGCAUCGUGCAUCAUAGCAUGUUUUCUCGAUUGGUCUCCACAUUUAAAGUGGCACGGUCCAUUUCACCAGCUGUAAACUCGGCCCCGGUGGUCCGUCUUUGAGACCAUUUUUCUCUCGGUAGCAGUGUACAAUAAUGAUGCAAAAUUAUCUGCAGCCCGCCCUGUUAAUGUCAGUUUCGUCUGAUCAAAGUAAAGCAUACAUAAUUUCCUCUGUCAGCUCUUUGUUUAAGUCUUUGUUGUUAUGUGGAUGUGAUGAUGGACUGGGUUUUUUUGUUUGUUUUGUUGAAACAAAUGCUGCACUUAGCAAGCCCCAAAGUUUGAAUUCAUAACCAAAAUUAUUUAUGAAUGAAAAUGUCUGUCGGGUAUUCACUUUUGAAGAAAAUGGUCAUUUUUACCAUUUUCCUUUUUCCGUUUUGGUCAACUUUUGAACCAAAGUAAUUAUUUUUUAGCCUUUUUACUAAUAUCUGCUGCUUUCCCCCCCAUGUAUUCAGAAGGAAAGACAUCAAUGCUUAAAAAAAAAAAAAACGUUUUUAAUUUAUUUUUUACUUUGUUUUCCCCUGACAUCAAGAUACAAAUUGAGUGUAAAUCUUUGAGCUUGUUGAAUAUACUUCACUACAUCUUGUCUAUUCAAAUGCCCAGGUACAGUCAAUGAACACAGUAAAUUAAUGAAAUCAAUUGUUUUUCAUCUUUUGAGCAGGAAUUUAGCUUAGCAAAACAAACCCUUUAAUGUUUUAAUAUAUUUUGAAGAAAAAAAAAGAUGUGUGGGAUUGAUGAGAGACUAUGGCUUCAAAUAGACAUGAAACAUUUUUCUAUUGUAAAAUUUGUGGAUUUCUGUUGAGGACUAGACAUAUUAAUAUCCAUUGUUUGAUUUUCUUUUUUUUUUUUUGGUUUGUAAAUAUAUCGUCUUUUUUCCAAGAGUUAAAAAGAAUAAGUGAAUAAAACGUAAC